UGUUGUUUCGCGGUCAUCACGUGACUGGUUCAACAAAAAUGACAGAUGCGUGGCGUUUGGACACCUUGCCAUUUGACGUUCUAGUCUUAAUUUUCAAUUACUGUCAUGCAUUCGAUUUGGUACGACUCAGUGAAGUGUGUACACGAUUUUACGACAUUAUACGAGGAGAAACACUUUGGGUCAAGAAAAGUAAACAGCCGAUCGUGACGAACCAAUCAACAAGAAAGUUUCGAGAAAGGUGUAAUCCACUAUUAUGUUUGCGCACAAAGUGGCAUGUUUCACACAACUGGCAGUACGGUAGAUAUGAGAAAAAAGUCCUUUUCUCACAAAAAACGAAGCUUAUGCCAUGGGUGCAACUAACUAGCGAUGUAUUAUGGUGGAGCGGUGGGAAUCAGUUGUGUGGUUUUAAACGCACGGAGACUUUCCCAGAGAAUAAUCUUAUUGUAGUUAGAGAUAUUGUUGGGAGUGAUAUAUGCAAGUUUAUUGUUAGGAAUGGUUGCAUCAUUACUGGUCACAGCAAUGGUAGUAUACAAUUUUGGACAAAGUCAAGAUAUAGUGAAACUAUAGACUUUUACUGUUGUCUUGCUAUAGCACAUACUUGUGAUGUAAAUGCAAUAGACGAGACCCGUAAUAUAAUUCUAUCUGGUUCCGAAGAUGGAAUCGUGAAGGUUUGGAGAGGACCUGUAGGACAAAGAAUUCGGGAUGUACCGUUAACAACAUUAAAUAUUGCAGAUAAGGUAUGGUCCCUUUCUGCAAACCCAACAGGUAAAAAAUUUGCUGUAGGCGCAGCUGGAUACCGAUACUCUACUACUAGAGUACCUCUACAUAUUUUCGAUAUUGAAAGUUACAGUGAAUGCGAUAUAUUAAAACAUGAAUGCAGAAGAGGAGCAGGAAUAUUAGAUAUGGUCUGGGAUAAUCCACAAAUUUUGCUUACUUGUGGAUAUGACACUUACAUUCGAAAAUGGGACUUACGAACUGGCACAUGCGUAAGUGCAUGGGGAGACCCAACAGAUGCAACUGUAUAUUGUAUAUCAUCGGAUUAUUACAAUACGAUGAUCACUGGAACUCAAUCUAAUUGCAAAGCUGUUUUAUGGGAUCAAAGGCAAAAAAGCUAUGUACAGCUAUAUUUUCUGAGUCUUAAUAGAAUGUCAAGCCCUGUUUAUUGUUUGAGCUUUGACAGUUCUCAUUUAUAUGGAGCCACAGAUCAGCAUGUAGUUGAACUUACAUUCUCAGGAUAUUCAUACAAACAAAAUAAUUACAGAGAAAUUCUUAGAUACGAUCCAAUAAGGACACAUUAGGUGAGCACAAAUUGUAUUAUACAAACGAUUAUAAAUUCAAAAUCUUUAGGGAUAACCUUGGUAUUGUACAAAAGAGUCAGAGUUUUAAAAUUCCUGGCGAAUCCUUCUAAUAGAUCAUAAAGAUUCACGUAAACUGAGAUAUUUUAUAAUUUGAAGUUUCCAGAAGAUUCAGUUCUAGGUUAAAAAGUGAAUCACAGUGGAACAAUUUAUAAAUACUUUAUUAUGUCAACAAGUAUUCCCACGGAUUAUUUAAAAGAUGACUAAAAAAUAUUUAAAAAAAACUUCACUCGACCGAAACAUAAACAUUAUUUAUUCUGUAAAUUCGUAACGAAUAUCGAACUGCUAGGACGACUUUGAACAUUCUCCUAUAAGACGUCAAAAUGUACAACUGUUUCGUUUAAAAGAAUUUGUACUGCUCAAAAAUAAAUAUACGUGUCCAAUGUAAUUGAUCGUUGUUGUU